AUGGCUGGCUCCAGCCGCUUCCACCCCUACGACAAAGCAAAGAAACACAUCAAACCCCGGGCGCACCCGGGCCCAUCAGUCAACGAGCUCAAGAGACGGAUCCGCGAUGUCAAGCGCCUGCUCAACCACAAGGAGCUGCCGGCGGACGCGCGGAUCGUCCAGGAACGGGCGCUGGCCGGGUACGAGAAGGAGCUGAAGGAGGAGCUGGAGCGGCGCAAACGGUCGGAGAUGAUCAAGAGGUAUCAUUUUGUUCGAUUUCUGGAUCGCAAAUCAGCAACCAAAGAACUCAAGCGCCUCCAGCGCCGACAGCGCGAGAUGACCGAGUCCUCCAACCCCCCAGCUAACCCAGAGGCAUUGGCACGGAUAGCGGAGAAGAUCCGCGAGGCCGAGAUCAACGUCAACUACACGAUCUACUACCCCCUGACGGAGAAAUACGUCUCUUUAUUCCCUCACGACAAGAAGAAACAGAAACAAGAACAACAACAACAACAACAACAACAACAACAACAACAACAACAACAACAACAACAACAGAAGAAAGAGUCUACAGACGGCGAGGGUGACAGCGACAGCGACAACAACAACAGUGUAAACGGUACUCCCGACGACGACCUCAACGCCCUCCUCCUAGCACCACACACCGACCCAAACUCCAAACCACCAAUGUGGCGCGUCGUCGAGAAAUGCAUGAAGGAGAACACACUCGAUCUUCUCCGUGAAGGGAAACUCAACAUUGGCGUGGACGGGAAGCCCAAAAAUCCUCCUCCUAAUAAUAAUAAUAACAACACCGCUGCAGAGCAGAAUGCCAACGGAGGAAAGUCAGGAUCGUCGAAGCAGAAAUCGACAUCGUCAACGACGACAAAGAACAAGAAAGACAAGCAGUCGUCCGAUUCUACGCGGAAAAAGCGUGGUUCCCGGAAUAAUGACGACGAUGACGAUGACGAUGAAAGUGAUGGAGGGUUCUUCGAAGAAUAG